GCAUCUAAGCAGCACCUCACCUAAUCCUUUUGUUAUCAAUCUGACUAGGCAUUUCUGUAAUUUAGGAAAACUUAUCUUUUAAUUAGUACGCGUUUUAAUUAGCUUACUUCUUCAAUAUUUAUGUACGAUUGUGAAAUCAUAACGGAGGUUGUAUAAAAAAUAGUCAGAGUGAUAGUUUUUUUACUACAAUUGUAAUUUAACCAUAGUUCGAUUGUUACUUACGGCUAAAAUAAAUGACCAAUUUGAGUCCGAUAUCCGAAUUUUCUGUCCGAUCGGCAUAGAGUUUCUACAACAUUUGUUUUUAGACGCCUAGACUUCUGAAAAUCUUAUGGCCAGCUUGCUUGCUGUUGCUGAUUCAUUUCGCAUUCAAAAUCUUCCCUUGUUUAAUUAAUCUCAAUCUGCUCUCCUCUCCCAAUCUAAUCUCCGCAUCCUUUGGCACACCAUAUAAAUAAUCAGACCCUUCUCUUCUCUUCCCAGUCCCCCCACCAUCAAAUCUCGUCACCCGUUUGUCAUUUCUCCUUUUCGCUUUUCUUCUGUUUGAUUGUCAGCGCCAGUAACAGACUUCCCUGAUUUUUGCGUGUUGAUCCAUCCUUUCUGAUCUGGGUCCAUUUUUCUCUUCGUUCCAGCAUCUGGGUAGUCGUCCGAUUUUGAUAUUAGGAAGAAGGGAAAAAAAAAAAAAAAACUAAGCAGCCAUGAAUGCUCUUGCGGCCACCAACCGUAAUUUUCGGGCUGCAGCCAGGAUUCUUGGUUUGGACUCCAAGGUGGAGAAGAGUCUUCUGAUCCCCUUCAGGGAGAUCAAGGUGGAGUGCACAAUCCCGAAAGAUGAUGGGACUCUGGUAUCCUACAUUGGCUUCAGAGUGCAACAUGACAAUUCUAGAGGACCCAUGAAGGGAGGAAUCCGAUACCAUCCUGAGGUCGAUCCAGAUGAGGUAAAUGCAUUGGCUCAAUUGAUGACAUGGAAGAGCGCAGUGGCAGAUAUUCCAUAUGGUGGAGCAAAAGGAGGGAUCGGAUGCACUCCGAGGGAUUUGAGCACGAGCGAGUUAGAGCGUCUAACUCGUGUCUUCACUCAGAAGAUUCAUGAUCUAAUUGGCACCCAUACAGAUGUUCCAGCUCCAGACAUGGGGACUAAUUCUCAGACCAUGGCGUGGAUAUUGGAUGAAUACUCCAAGUUCCAUGGUCAUUCCCCAGCGGUUGUCACAGGAAAGCCCAUUGAUCUUGGUGGAUCGCUAGGUAGGGAGGCUGCAACAGGUCGUGGGGUCGUUUUUGCUACAGAAGCUUUGCUGGCUGAAUAUGGGAAGUCCAUUGAGGGUCUGACUUUUGCGAUUCAGGGUUUUGGAAAUGUGGGAUCAUGGGCAGCAAAGAUCUUCCAUGAGAAAGGUGGGAAGGUUAUAGCAGUGAGUGACAUUACUGGUGCAGUUAAGAAUCCAAAUGGAAUCGACAUACCUGCAUUGAUCGCGUUCAAGGAAUCCACUGGUAGUUUGUACAACUUCCCUGGUGGAGAGUCUAUGAACCCUAAUGAACUUCUGGUGCACGAGUGCGAUGUCCUUGUCCCUUGCGCCUUGGGAGGAGUCUUGAACAAAGAAAAUGCUACUCAUGUAAAAGCCAAAUACAUUAUAGAGGCAGCAAACCAUCCUACUGACCCAGAAGCAGAUGAGAUUCUAUCAAAGAAAGGAGUGAUUAUACUUCCUGAUAUCUAUGCAAAUUCUGGAGGUGUUACUGUGAGUUACUUUGAGUGGGUUCAGAACAUUCAAGGAUUUAUGUGGGAAGAAGAACAGGUGAACAAGGAACUCAAGAAAUACAUGACUAAAGCCUUCAAGAACAUCAAGGGCAUGUGCCAGACACACGAAUGCAAUCUUCGGAUGGGGGCGUUUACUCUCGGGUUGAACCGGGUUGCUCGAGCCACCCUGUUAAGAGGAUGGGAAGCAUGAUUGCAGUCCAAGCUUCUGAUUACAUUUAGUCAGAGAAGCCAUUGUUAAACAAGUCCCCAUUCCUUUGUCUCGUGAGAAUGUGGUGUCUAGUGGUUGAAUCAUGUGGAUUUAUAUUUCAAGCAGCUAGCUAUUAAGGUUCAUAGUGCAGUUAAACACCUUCCAACUAGACUCUUUCAAUAAGCAUUAUUGUCACCCUGGAAGUUAUUCAAUGAGUGAUUCAAAUCAAUGCCAGAUGAUUUU